UGUCAGUUUCCUCAUCUGAGGUGAAUUUUGAGCUUCCAUUCCACGAGAGAGAAGAAGAAGAAGAUUGACGAUAAUGGCCGACAAUUGCUUGUUUACUGAAGAAGAAAUGGCGAUUGAUGAGGCUGUCGGCCAUCCGCAAGCUUACGGCAAGCUCUGCCGCGACCGACAUGUCGGAUUUUACACCCACGGUCCUCCUUUCAUUUUCACGCCUUACAGUCUGAAGAAACGAGAGGCCGCAGCAGCAAGGGAAUUAGAUCAGAUGUUUCCUAUAAUAAAUCCAAAGGCAAAGCCUACUGCCAAGCCUAAGCUUUUUGUCAGCCUCUUGUGGAAGCAACUCCAUCAUCUCGGGAAUGCUGGCUUCGAUCCUGCAGUAAUUCGAGUCGACCAUUACGGCAAUGUUCUCUAUUAUCAUGCUGAUACGGCUUCACCGCUUGCUUGGGAUAUUGAUCAUUGGUUUCCUUGCUCAAGAGGAGGACUGACUGUUCCUAGCAAUUUACGGAUACUGCAAUGGCAAGCCUGCAAGAGGAAACAUCACAAGUUAGAAUUCCUAGUUCCAUGGUGGGAUUUUCAAUUGGGAAUCUCUGUAAACCAGUUUCUAUCCAUCUUUGCUUCCUCCAACUCAGAUUUCAGGCGCAGGGCAUUUUCAUUUUUGUUCUCUGAAGGUGAAAAUGAAGAGCUGAAUGCUUCACAGACAGUUGAAUCUCAUUCUUUUCCACAACAUUUCAUGGAAUCCAAAGAGCGACACGGCUUUGCUCCGGCUGCUAUCGUUUUAUCUCGAAGAGAAUGUUAUGAUUCUCCAUCACCUUUGAGAUCAUUGGACUACAAUAGGCAACCAAGACCAAGUAUCCCUAUAGUUGCUUCAAGGAAAGUGAAACCUGAACUUCUUAAAGAGAAUGAAAACCCGGACUUCAUUACGAACCCAUAUCAAGCCAUUGUCAUGGCCAGAGAUUCUCUAAGGCAAAGAGAAGAAAGGGGAAAGCUGAAGGCAGAAAUAGAGAAAGUAGAUGAUGAAGUGAAUGAUAUGAAGCUAAAUAAUGAAGAAGAGAAGCUCACCAUUCAGGACCUGGAAUUGAAACUAAUUAAACACAGGAGAAGGGCCGAGAAAUGCAGGCGAUUAGCUGAGGCGCAAUCGUCCUACAGAACCAUGCUGGAGAAGAUGAUCCGAGAUACCAUGCACCAGAGUGUUAUUUACAAGGAGCAGCUGAGGCUGAACCAAGCAGCGAGUAAUGCGCUAAUGGCCAGGCUCGAAGCGCAGAAGGCAAUUUGUGACGCUGCCGAGAAGGAUCUUUACCAGAAGUACAGACAGAGAGAUGAGCUAGAGAAACAGUUGAGGCCUGAAUACGAACAAGUUCGAAAAAGAUCAAGAACAGACGAUAUGUUAUUGGAAGAGACAAACUACAAAACUCCUACUUUACAUUUGCCAGGAAUCAAGCCAAAGACACCUACACACAAAGAGCUGAGAUUAUUUCUAGAGGAAGAACAAAGAGCUUCUGAAUAUGCUUUGUCCCAAAAUGGAGAGCAGACAAAAAAGGAAACUGAUGUGACCAUGGAGAAGCCUGGUGAAAAUAAUGACAAAGCAAUUGUUCCACUGGAGGAAGGAAGCUUAAUCACUGAAAAGCUUCAGAACUUAGAAAUAGGGGAGCCAAAGAAACAUGACAUGCUUUUUCCUUAUCUGCGGGAGUCGGAUGUAGAAGACGAAGACGAAGAUGAAGAGAGUAGAAAACAGCGCGGGAAAGGAAAUGUCGAGAAGUGGCUUCAAAUUCUGUUAGAGGAAAACCAAGAAAAUGCUGCAGAUCAUCUCCAAAAUGAAGUUGAAAGUAGUGGCACAGGCAAGACUAACGAAAUAAGCACAAAACCAAAUGCAGAUUCCCCACGGAAGGAGGUCGAGAUCCCGAUAACUAUAGAAGAGCAAAACAAAGAAGAAGAUAAAGACAGGAUUGUUGGAACUGAAGGAGGAGGCAGCAAAGCAGAAAAAGAAGUCAGUACUGAAGAGUGCGAAAAGAAUGAGCAGAGUGGGAAGGAAAGAAGGCUCACAAGGACAGACAGUCCAAGGAUCUUCAGGAGAAUCCCAUCUUCACCAUCUCUGAUCUUGGGGGGGAUGAAGAAGGGAGUGGACUGUAUGGGAAAGAAACCGAUAGUAAACGGAGAAGACGAUGUCGAUGGCGAAAAUCAUGCUGCGAAAGACAGCUUCAUCAAAUCCUCUAUCAAGACACUCAAGAAGGCAGUAAAAAUAUGAAACUUCCCUGUUUCAGUUGUGCCAUUAUUUGGUAUGUUUUUUCUUGCCAUAUAGUGAUUUUUUUUUUCUUUUCAGAGUGUUGGUUAUUCUCUUGAAAGCCAAUAAGUCAGUGCAAUUAUAUGCGCUCUAUGUAAAAGAUUUAGUGCAUUUCCAUUCAUGUGUAUGUUUAUAAUAUACGUUUUUUUUUAAGAAUAUAAUAUAKGUUUUUUGG